CUAUAUGUUUGGAUCGGAAUCUGCAGAACUGCAGCUUCGACCGCCACCGACAAGCUCUCUCUCACGAUGCACACUAAUUGUAAGUAGUUUGGAUAAACGGACACGUGGUUUUCUACAAGAAUGACACGCAGUCACAAAGGCAGCUUCUUCCUUAACUUUUCAUGAAACAAAGGGCUUCUUCUGCUAAGCUAACAUCUAUUCGGAUGAGGGAAGACAAUAAUACUGAGUAUGUUGGUUUGGAGGAUGGAGUCUCUCCCAAGUUACAGAGCUUUAAUAAAGUUUCAAUUCUACCCCUCGUUUUUCUGAUAUUUUAUGAGGUCUCUGGAGGACCUUUUGGUGUGGAAGAUAGUGUCCAGGCUGCUGGUCCUCUUUUAGCCUUGCUUGGCUUUCUAGUUUUCCCCUUGAUAUGGAGUUUACCAGAAGCCCUAAUAACUGCAGAAUUGGGUACGAUGUUCCCCGAGAAUGGAGGAUAUGUAGUUUGGGUUUCAUCAGCUUUAGGUCCUUACUGGGGAUUUCAGCAAGGGUGGAUGAAGUGGCUAAGUGGAGUUAUUGACAAUGCUCUGUAUCCUGUUUUGUUUCUAGAUUAUCUGAAAUCUGGUUUUCCGAUCUUGGCAGAAGGCAUCCCUCGGAUUAUAGCAGUUCUUGUUCUGACUUUAGCACUCACUUACAUGAACUACAGGGGCAUGACCAUAGUUGGAUGGGUUGCUAUAUUGUUAGGUGUGUUCUCUCUACUUCCUUUCUUGUUUAUGGGACUCAUAGCUAUUCCUAAAUUGAAGCCUUCAAGAUGGUUGGUGCUGGAUUUGAACAAUGUGGACUGGGGAUUGUACUUAAAUACUCUAUUUUGGAAUUUAAAUUAUUGGGAUUCAAUCAGUACUUUAGCUGGUGAGGUUGAAAAUUCUGGCCGAACACUCCCCAAGGCUCUAUUCUACGCUCUUAUAUUGGUCGUACUUGGAUACUUUUUCCCCCUUCUCAUUGGAACGGGAGCUGUUCCCCUUGAUCGUGAACUGUGGAGUGAUGGUUAUUUCUCCGACAUAGCAAAAAUUCUUGGUGGGGUAUGGUUGAGAUUUUGGAUUGAAGGAGCGUCGGCUCUAUCAAACAUGGGGAUGUUUGUGGCUGAGAUGAGCAGUGAUUCAUUUCAACUUCUUGGGAUGGCUGAACGCGGAAUGCUUCCUGCGUGUUUUGCCAAGAGGUCUUGCUAUGGAACUCCUCUUCUCGGGAUUUUGUUUUCCGCAUCAGGCGUGAUAUUGCUUUCAUGGCUAAGCUUUCAAGAGAUUGUUGCUGCGGAGAACUUUCUUUACUGUUUUGGAAUGAUAAUGGAAUUCAUAGCUUUCAUCAGGCUAAGAAUGGAGUACCCGGCAGCGUCUCGACCUUACAAGAUUCCCUUAGGUAUCACUGGAUCAAUUCUAUUGUGUAUUCCUCCAAGCAUUUUGAUAUUGGUGGUCCUGGCUAUGGCAUCUUUCAAAGUAAUGGUUCUUAGCCUCUUGGCCGUAGUUGUAGGGCUUGUUCUAGAGCCUUGUUUAAGGUACAGUGAGAAAAAAGGAUGGUUCAGAUUCUCCGUAAGUUCUGAUCUUAAAGACUGGGAUUACAAUAAUCACAGGCCUGUUGAGCCAUAAACUGAACAAUGGAACUUCUCUCUUGAUGGUGGUGUGAAUUUUUUUUUAUGUUUUGUUUUCUUUUAUUUUUGUACCGUAUAAAUGAAAAUUUUAAUUUGCUUUUAGCAUUAUGAUGGUUUUGUACUGGGCAAUUCUCAUUCGGACCGAGGUUCACGUACAGGAGCUCGGUUCAUAGGAGCCUCGCAAGCCUCUUACUAUUUGGGGUCGGGCUCGGCAAAUUGUGGGACCCACCCCCACCACUCUCUAAUCUGGCAAGACCCCACGUGGAUCAUUGUCCUUCUCAUAAUAAACUUUACAAGGUAUUUUUCUGCUAAUUUGUACAUUCAUUCUUCUCAAUCAGGGCCAGGGGGACACAUCCCCCCAAGAAACAGUGGCCCUGUUUUUCUAGCAUAUAAUUUGUAAUUGAGGUACGGACUCACCCGUGUAGAAGAUGAACCAUCGGGUAGAUUGAUACGACUAUUUCAAGAUUGAAACUA